AGGUAUUUUACCUUCUGGUAUCAUUAUUUUAUUUUUGUCAAAAUUAUUUGUGAAACUAUAAUAGUAAAACCUUGAGUUCACUUUUUAAUGAAACUUUAGGUUUAAUUUGAGGAGGGAUAAAUAACUGAAAAACCUAUUUUACAUCAAAAAGAUAAUUUCAUAAAAAUAGAAGAUUUAGAAAAUUAAAGCUAUAAAUCUAGUUGACCACCCUCAUUUAUUAUUUUCUUUUUAUUUUUACUUUAGAGUGGGGGGAAUUAAUAACAUAUUGACCAUAUAUUAAACUCUCUCGGUAUGCUCUAUGUCUUAUAACUUUCUUUUAUCAGGAC